UACAGAUAUCGUAGGCACCAAACACACAGCACCACUUCACGUGGCUCUUAAAAACCUGCUUUUAUCUCUACAGCUGUCAAUCAAUCCACUCUCUAUUUCUACCUCUUAACUCUCUCUCAACACACUCUCACACGGACACAGAUACAACACAGACACUGACAAAGAAAGUGUUGUUAUGACAGACCUCAGGAUCAAUGACCUCAGGGUCGACGAAGCAGACACAGAAGCCAGCAAUCACUCGAGUGAAAAAGAGAAUGAGGAUUGGAUUAAAACUCUUAUUUACCAGUCCCAGGGGGCCAAAGAGUUUUCCUACUGUCCCUACAGCAAGUUCCGGGUGGGGGCAGCCCUGUUGGCACAUGAUGGAACCGUUUUCACAGGAUGCAAUGUAGAAAAUGCAAGCUACAACCUUGGUCUCUGUGCAGAGAGAACAACUAUUGCAAAAGCUGUUUCCGAGGGAUACAGACGUUUCAAGACUAUUGCCAUUGCCAGUGACCUGGAAGACCAGUUCAUCUCACCAUGUGGAGGUUGCAGACAGUUCAUGCAAGAGUUUGGUGAUCAGUGGUCCGUAUCCAAGCCUGAUGGGUCUUAUGUGGAAAUGACUGUAGGAGAGCUGCUUCCUGUGUCAUUUGGACCUGAAGACCUGAAGAAAAAGACCAUGUUCACUACACAGAAUGGGUCAUAAUAGUAUUCACAAGACAAGAGGAAAAACAGGAAUCAUUCAUAACAGCAUUACAAGUCCAUGAAAUGUCAAUAACCCCUACCCACAUACAUGAAGAAUGUUAGACUUCCAACAAGACUACUAGACAAUUUAUUAGUAUUAGAUCAUGCCAGUGGAUAUUGACUUGUGUCUCAGAAAUUAGGAAAAUGCCUCAAUGUGUUUUCUAACAAGUGUUGGAAAUACAGUCCAUUACAUCAAAUUAUAUUUGGCUACACAGCUCACAUUCACAUUACUAUUUGCAUGUGUAUGAUUGGAAGUGAUUGAAGUAUCAAUGUUAAAAAUAGUUGAUGUAUUACUCAAAAAUAUUAAAGUGCUUUAGGACAAUU